AUGAAGAUUGCCCCUCCUGAGAGAAAACUGGCUCAUUCGGAAAGACCAGAGCAGAUAAUCACCUCAAUACUAUCUUCACCAUCAAGUAAUGCCCCAGAUCCAUGUGCAAAAGAGACUAUACCGAGUGCUCUCAAAGAGGAGAAGAAAGGAACACUGGAGGAAGAAGACCAAGUAUUUCCUGAUGGACAGGAAAAUAAAAGAAGGCACCAUGAUAGCAUUGGAAGUGGCCAUUCAGCAAUUAAACCCCUGGUGGCCAAUGGAGUCCCCACUUCUUUUGUGCUUAAGCCUGGGUCUCUGAAGAGAGGCCUCAGUUCUCAGAGCUCAGAUGACCACACAAAUAAGAGAUCCUGCACCUCUACCUUGAGCUCCUUGACAAGCACAUAAACAGCUGGCAUCCCUAUCUCCAGCCGCAAUGCCAUUACCAGUCCCUAUAGCUCUACUCGAGGCAUCUCCCAGUCACAGCUCUGGAAGAUAAGUGGCCGCAGUUUGUCACCUUUCUCUAGCCCAGCCUCACCCAGCUCCCAGACACCAGAGAGCCCAGCGAAGAAAAUUAAAGAAGAGCUAUGUCAUCAUUCCAGUUCCUCAACCCCAUUGGCAGCAGAAAAGGAGUCCCCGGGAGAGAGGGUUACAGAUACAACCCUACAGAAGAAACAAAACUUGGGAAAUCGCUCAUCUACACCUGGCAGCUCUGGGACACGUAAACGCAAAGUUCAGCUACUGCCAACCAGGCAAGGGGAACCGCUGACCUUGCCUCCACAUCCCCUGUUUGGCUAUCCAAUUACUGUUGAAGAAUUUGACUUCGAAAAGAAAGCUUCAUCACAAUGACUUGAAAAGGUCUUAGAGGACAAGCCAGAUGCUGCCUCAAACUCUGUCACUGAGAACCCACCCAGCACUCAGCCUUCUUUGACCUUGACCUUGCCUGGCUUUGGAUCUACCACCCAGACCACCAGCAGUGGAAGCAGUAGCUCAGCAUUUGGCAGCAUCACUCCAUCACCUUUCCUGUUUGGGGGAUUGGCGACUCCAGCUGGCAGUGGGGUCUUAGGGAUCAAUGUAGCUACCCCAGGCACCAGCUUCACCUCGGGAGCAUUCAGUUUUGGAGCAGGACAGAGUGGGACCACAGGUACCAUCAUCCCUUUUGGAGGAGGCUUUGGUCAGUACACCCUGGGCACACCCAGUCAGAACACACCCUUUGCCUUCAAUAUGGCUGGCAUGCCUGCAAACAAUCCUUUGUUUGGAGGCACCUCCAUUCCCACCUUUGUUCAGAACACCCCUGCCCUUGCCCUGGGCACACUGGGCAGCAGCCUCUCUUCUGGGGCAUCCUUAACACCUGCCCAAGGUUUUGUUGGCAUUGGACCUUUCAGAUCAACAGCCCCUUCAUCAUCCACUGGUGCACAAUCCAAGACCCCAGGUGGUCGAAGGCGACUUGUGGCCCAAAGGCUGCUCAAAUGCAAAAAUAGCCUUUGUCCCUUGCCCAUUUCCCCUACCCCCUGCUCAAGCCUGGACAUUGGAACCUGCCUGCAAGGAAGAGCCUUUGACCCUUCAAGUUACAUAAAGCAAAUCUCCACCAGAUCUCUGGCCUCAGCCACCAGGAGCUUUGACCUGGAGACCCCAGAGGGUGCUGCUCCUGUUGUCUUCCUCGUGCCAAGUCUGAGUCAGUGUUUCAUCUCCAACCCUGCCAAUUUGUCCCCUAAAAACUUGGUGGGUCAAGACUGUUACCUGGCAGAGCCAACCAUCAGGAUGCCUGCCGCUGCUUCAACUACCUCCUCACCCACCUACCCGUUGACCUCAUUGAGCCUUUGUUUGCCUCUCAGAAUUU